UCUCUACCCCCAUCUAGAUUAUUGCGUUUAAAGGUGGGUCUUGUGGCUAGCAAGACGUCCCCCGGCCUUCUUCAUGGAGGAGGAAGACCAAGAGUGGCUAACCUCAAAAAUCAAAGGGUUUUCAUUUGGCGACGACGAACAGACCCCUUGGGAGGAGUUAGCCAAGUAUCAGGAGCACCCUCAGCAGACACCAUCCUCAGUCUUACCAAGUUCGACCGGAUUUGGUUCCCCUUCACCGCGUGAGCCGGAAAAGGUCACUUUUCAUGAGACCACACGGCGAUUUGGAGCCGUGCCCGAGAGGGUGAAGCGAGCUUCCAGGCUCUACACCAACACAUUGCAUAAGAAUGACCCCUCGGAUAGAAGUAUCAAUGACAUUUUGAUUGGGGCUCCGAAUUUUGCCCGUGACUUGGAGCAUAUCCCGGGAGAUAGUCGGGAGGUCAAGGCCGAGCUGAUCAAGGCCAAACGAGCCCUGGCCAAACUUGAGACCACGCGAUACAUUCCUUUGCAUCCUCGGGAGACCGUGUUAAACAUAUUCGUGGGGAAGCCGUUCUCGUUGGAGUUGUACAAGACCUUUCGGGACAAGCAGGACUUGAUUGACGAGGCCCAGAAGUUGCAAUGCCCUGACACGCUUCUCACGGUUACCCUCCAUGCCAAGAGUACAUUGAGCGCUCAAAAGUUUAGCGAGUUACUUUCAUCACGCAGAGCAGCCACCAACGUUCUCGUGUGCUAUCUCCAGGAGCGUCAGUUGCUCAAUGACCUUACGGACCUGCUCACCGCCCUUGGAAGACACGAAGAGGCAGCCUUCUACAACUACACGCACGUAUGCAGCAAGAUCUCGGAUUUGGGAUCGAAAACAAAGCGCCUCAAAUCCUUGUUGACGAGUCAUUUCAAUGGUCAUCCAGACGCAGAUCUGCUCAUCGGUCAGAUCAAUCUCUUGGAACGGAUUGCGCCCAUCAUAGAAUCUGAUCGAAGGAACGUUCUGAUCAGCGAGGACAGUGUGUACCCUUCGGUGACUUGUCACGGAGAGAGUGUCUUGAAAACAUUAGCUUACUUGUGCUAUCACCACUGGGAUUCUCCUGAAAAUCUUUUGCAAUCGCCCAAAGCUCUAAAGAAGAUCCAUAAAAUCCCCGAGGAGCAAUUCAUUUGGGUAGCUCUGCGAUCACGGGCUUUGAAACAGGCCUGGAAAGAUUGUGAGGGCAUUGUAAUCACCAAAGGUUGGUUAGGCGGCAAGAAAACGAAGGCUUCGGUUAGUCCCCGUGGCGUAGUUCAGACCUUGCACGAGUGUCAAGCCCCGCCUGAGAUCCUCCACAUUUUCCUUCAACUCAUAGACGAUCUCGAAGAUCGCCUGAACUACGCUCGACGUUGCAAGGUACCCAAUACUGUGAUUGAGUGUCUGGUUCAAUCUCGAGACCGACAAGAAUUGGAGACCUUCAAGGCGAAAUUGACGCCCCAUAGUCCAGAGUGGUUCUAUGCUGAGCAUGCCCUGACCACUUCCAAUACUAAGUGGAAGAACUAA